AUGCAACAAACUCCAAUCAAUUCUAAUUUACAGAAGUAUCAAAAUGAUCGUGAAACAUGUCGUACUGUUUUACCGUAUAAAGGUAUUAAUCUAUUGGAUAUUCAUGAUUCUGGUGAUUGCGGUCGAUACGCUCGACGAGUGAUGAAAAUAUUAUUUACUCCGGCUGAAAUGAGUGAAUCGAUUCUUUAUGCUAAUCCAACAUAUGCUAAACCUGGUCUUGAUCCAAAGCAUGCUGUAUGUGCUCGAUUCAACAUUAAUCCAUUACAUUGGGAUGAAUUUUUCAGUACAUGUUUACAUCGAUCUUUAACACAAAUACUAUGUGAUGUAUACCGAGAUUACAAACAUGAAUUAUAA